UUCUCACUGAUCUCCAUGUUCCUCGCUUUGAAAUCCUUUUACAUCUGAGCACCGAAUAACGCAGUUAUCAUAAUCAUCAAUUUCUUAGAAGAGACAACAUUCUAUUGCUCUCCUUAGACAAAUGGGUGGGGAGCCUAAGGUAUAUACUUUGGAACAAGUAUCUGAGCACAACAACUCCAAAGAUUGCUGGCUUAUUAUUAAUGGCAAGGUUUAUAAUGUCACAAAGUUCUUAGAUGACCAUCCUGGUGGAGAUGAUGUCUUGGUGGCUUCCACAGGGAAAGAUGCCACCGAUGACUUUGAGGAUGUUGGUCACAGUAACAGUGCUAGAGCCAUGUUGGAUGGCUUUUAUGUUGGAGACAUUGAUCCAGCAACCGUUCCAUCUACUCGGGUUCAGAACACUCUUCCAACACAACCUCAAAACACUCAGAACAAGACAUCAUCAAACUUCAUGAUCAAGAUGCUCCAGUUUCUACUUCCCCUUGUUAUCUUGGGUGUUGCGGUUGGUGUUCGUUUCUACAACACCAAAUCAACAUAGUCACUCAAACUGCUUGAGUACUUUAAUUUUGUUCAACCGUUGCUUUAAAUUUUAGCUUGUUUUGUUCCAUCGAACUACAAUUGUAUGGAUCAA